CCGGCGCCGCCCCCACCACUCCGCGCGGGGUCGGGGACAGAGUGGGUGUCUCGCCUCUCCUCACGAAACAAAGAAGCCGCCGACGCCGCCGCCGAGCGAGGUGGGAUGCGGUGACGCCCUUGAGCGACAAUGGCAGCUGUGGACGAGCUGGCCUUCCAUGAGUUUGAAGAAGCCACUACUCUGUUGGCUGAGAGCCCUGACGCUGUCACCACAAGCAGAAGCGAUCAACUGACCCCACAGGGCCAUGUGGCUGUGACUGUGGUCUCAGGUGGUAACUAUGGAGCUGAGAACGAGGAGGAGAGUGACAAGACUGCGCUCCUACAGGAAGAGCAGCAGCAGCAGCCUGGAUUCUGGACCUUUGGCUACUAUCAGAGUUUCUUUGAUGUGGACACCUCUCAGGUCCUGGACCGAAUCAAAGGCUCCAUCCUACCCCGACCUGGCCACAACUUUGUACGACACCAUCUGCGGAAUCGGCCAGACCUGUAUGGUCCCUUCUGGAUCUGCGCCACCCUGGCCUUUGUCUUGGCCAUUACUGGCAACCUCACCCUGGUAUUGGCCCAGAGGAGGGACCCGUCCAUCCACUACAGCCCUCAGUUCCACAAGGUGACCGUGGCUGGCAUCACCAUCUACUGCUAUGCAUGGCUGGUGCCAUUGGCACUGUGGGGUUUCCUGCAGUGGCGUCAGGGCACUCAGGAGCGCAUGGGCCCUUACACCUUCCUGGAAACUGUGUGUGUCUACGGCUACUCUCUCUUUGUCUUCAUCCCCACUGUGGUUCUGUGGCUUAUUCCCGUCCCAUGGUUGCAGUGGCUCUUUGGGGUGCUUGCUCUGGUCCUGUCCGCUGCCAGCCUGGUGUUUGCCCUCUGGCCAGUUGUCCGUGAGGACACCAGGUUGGUGGCUGCAGUGCUCCUCUCCACCAUCGUGCUGCUUCAUGCCCUCCUGGCCAUGGGCUGUAAGGUUUACUUCUUCCAGCCACUGCCACUGCCUCCAGAGAACAUGGCUCCUCCACCCCAAGCUACAUCUCUGUCUCCAGAUAUACAUCUACCAUCUACUCUGCCAAGAUCCGUGUCAACCUAAGGUACCACCUAUAGGCCUGACAUGAGCAGACACCUCUGCUUGCCCUGCCCCACAGAUGAUGACUAAAGGCUCCUUUGACACUUCAAGAUCAUUCUGCUACUUUCCAGACUUUUCUUACAAAGCAAACACUUUUAUUUUCUAUGCAAAGGUGAUUGAGAGUUUAUAUAAAUGCGGGAAAGGGACAGCUGAGCAGGGACCUUCUAGUGUGGCUCAGGUAGGCAAUGCAGCCUCAGACUGCUCCAGGCUGCCUGCUGGGCCUUCUGCUAUCCCUGAUGGAACACAUGGGAGAGCAAAAGGGCUACCUCAGCCUCAACUGUGCUCACCCUCCCGGGGUGCCCAAUUAAUAGGGCCUUGGCCUAGCCUGUGCUCCACAUUUGAGUUUGGGGUAUUAGAAACAGGGAGCAGAAGUAGAAGAAAAUUGCCUGUGCUGAAACAUACAUUUCCUUAUUUAUUUUGUUUCUAGGUGGUUUGUGUCUGUUUUUGUCUUGUUUGUUUUUUCUUGAGGGAGAGGUCCCCACAAGGCCCGUUCCCAGGCUGGGGAGGGACCCAAAUGCCAUCAUAGUUGUAGGGACUGGAGCAUCUACAAAUAGGAGGGGAAUACACAGGCCUAAUGUAGCUACACGGGAAAAGGAUGCCUUCCAGGACAGAUCCUUGAGGUUUCUAUGUUGGGCCCCAGGCAGCUGAUGACGACCCUUUUUCCCUUCAGGCCCGGGCCGGCAGGGCCCAUUCUAGCUCCAGGUGUGGGAGGGAGACCUGCAGUGCUCAGUGAUAGGACAGCAGCAAGAGGCAGGGGCCAAGGAUGGGGGCCUUCCCGACAGCCGGGUGGUUGUACAUUCAAGUGUGAGGUGAACCCUUUGGUGGGAGGGGGGCCUGGGGCUCCAGAGGCCUGGCCCACCCCCAGUCCCAAAGCCUUUGCAGGGCCGCCCCUCCGCACUGAGCCUCUGAGUGGGGGAGAGGGGCUGCUGGCUCGGCCCGGCCGGCCUGGUUCUCAGAGGGUCUGUGGAUUGACACUGGUUUUUGUUUUUUUUUUUUUUCGUAAAAAAAUAAAAUUAAAAAAAGCAGCAUGUCACGCCCAUGGUGACCAAGGCCUGGUAGUUGAAUGGAGGCCCUGCCUGGUUAGGGCUGCUUGCCCACUGGGGACAGGCAGGGGGGCUGGCGCUGAAGGACUAGGUGGAUGCAGCUGUUCCCCUUUGCCCUCCCUAUUGGGUAGCAGCUACCAGGCCCACACACGCCCAUUAUGGUAGAUGUCAAACCCAGGUCGGGGUGUAGGGCAGGAAGGAGAACGGGGCUCCCACAAUAUGAUCUUGUGUAAAACAUGGCAGCAACACACGCUCAGGGCCAAGAUGUGGGGGUUGGGGACGGCGGCGGCAAUGUUCGUGUAAAAAAGUGUCCAAGUUCCCAUAGCAAAGAGGGCUGUGACCGGUGUUUGGGCUUCUCCAGUACAGGGGUGAAAGCCGCCCGC